AUGCUGCGCUCGCAUGUCGAACGUGUAUCGACACAGGUGCCAGGCCCAUGUGUUUCUAUCACUUUCAGCAACAGCAACAACAACAACACCACUACCAACAGCAAUGCUAGCAUUAGUAAUGUCAACAUCAGUAACACCUCUUCUGGCAGUACUGGCUUGGGAAGUGGCACUAACAUAUCCCUUAGUCGUCAACGUUCAUCGCCAUCAUCGCGUAUUCGAAGGCCCAAAGAUAUUCGGCGUCAAGAAGCUAAUGAUGGCAGACGUGGAAAAAAACACCAGCAAACUCCACCGCGUUCGGAAACUUCGCGUAAGCGCCAACGCAACGAUGAAGAGAUGUCACAGCUCCCUGCCACUAGACAACAGAUGCAACAACUUCAACAACAUCAACGGCAAGAACAACAGCUCGUCAUUUCCUACUACGCUCAGCUUUAUCAGCAGUACUACAACAGCUAUAGUGCGGCUACUGCAGCUCUCUCACCUCCUGGGAAAAUGGUUCAUGAUCCAGUUGCUCCUCUAUCCAGGUGA